AUGGGUUUAAUUGAAUCAACAAUUGCUGUUAUGUCAUUAUGCUUCAACAGAAUUGUAACAUGGGGCUGUUGUGCAAUCGUAUUGAUCGGAAUUAUGGGGUCUAUGUUAUUGUUUGUAGUCUAUGGCAUCACAAUGGGGUACCAUCAGGCUCAAAAUGAAUUGGUUGAAUUUGCUUAUGAUCUUCCCCUAACUGCAGCUCUAUCGUUACCUCUGUAUGCGCUGUUACGACAAAAACUUCAAAGGCACCUCUCUCAGGUGCUGCAUCAAGCGACUAGUGUUUCCGACAUGGUGUAUUCCAACCCUAGUUUACUUGAAGUAUACAGCUCAAUGGUGGACAACAUGGCGCAGAACGGGAACAGGGUCAUCGACAUGAUAUUGAUAAACAUGCGCCGGACACUAUUGCAAACGUGUCGUGAAGUGUUGGAGCUGCCUUCAGUCCAUGCCACCUUCAUGAAUAAGAUUGGUUCAAUUUCGUUUGUGGGUAGAUUUGAAACGGAACCUGGUUGGUUAAAGAACUUGGCAACGAUAAACAGGAUAAACGAUGUCAGCGUAACCAAGCCGGACCCAAUGAAAACAAGUUUUCGUGUCACACUCAAGAUUAAGGACUUACAGAUCGGGUACGAGGAGUACCGAAUACGCGCGAUGGGCGUGUCUUGCGGCGGAAGACUAGCAGCUUCGUUUGCUGACUGCACACUACAUUUGGCGCUGUCUGUGGGCUUACUACACUGGGAGCCCUACGCACAGCUCGACGAUCUACGCUUGCAUCACCUGCAAUCGAUGGAUUUGCACGUAACUGGUCUGGGUCCGUUGAGCGGCAUGUGCCCGCUGGUGAGUGCGUGGGCGCGCGGCGCCGGCGCGGCGCACGCGGCGCCCGCGCUGCUCGCGCAGCUCACGCACGAGCUGCACACCGCGCUAACGGAACUGCCUCUGUGGGACCUUCUACACGGCAAGCAAUAG